AUGUGCUGCCUGAAACCCAGAGGAGUGACUUAUCAGGACACGCUCAAAAUGUCUUCUUCCUCAAGCGAGGUCUUUAGUGCCGAUGAGAUCAAGAGGGAGAAUCGUGGGAGUGUCAAGCUGUCAGUGCUGGACCCCGCGGAGUUGCCGAUGGAGAAUGCCGAACUUUUGGACGGCUCACCGGCCUCCCUGGCCUUCUCCCCCGAGCAGGUCGCAUGCGUCUGCGAAGCGCUGCUGCAGGGUGGGAACGUGGAGCGCCUGGCCAGGUUCCUCUGGUCACUGCCGCAGAGUGACCUGCUGCGAGGGAACGAGAGCAUCCUGAAAGCGCAAGCGAUAGUCGCGUUUCACCAGGCCCGCUACCAAGAGCUCUACUGCAUUCUGGAGAACCACAGUUUCAGUCCGCCAAACCACUCGUCUCUGCAGGAUAUGUGGUACAAGGCGCGCUACAUCGAAGCGGAGAAGGCGCGGGGCAGACCGCUGGGUGCCGUGGACAAGUAUCGCUUACGCAGGAAAUAUCCGCUGCCUCGGACUAUCUGGGACGGAGAGGAGACCGUGUAUUGUUUCAAAGAGAGGUCUAGGAACGCGCUGAAGGAUAUGUACAAGCAGAACCGGUACCCAUCUCCAGCCGAGAAACGAAAUAUGGCCAAAAUGACAGGACUUUCUCUGACGCAGGUCAGCAACUGGUUCAAAAACAGGAGGCAGAGAGACAGAAAUCCAUCCGAGGCGCAGUCAAAAAGUGAGUCAGAUGGCAAUCACAGUACAGAAGAUGAGUCCAGUAAAGGCCAGGAGGACUUGUCACCACGUCCCCUCUCUAGCGGCUCUUCUAGCUCAGUCGCACACGGAACAGCCCCCCCUACAGUUUACUCGGAUGGAGGAACCACAGUCAUCCAACAAAUUGGAGAUGUCAAAAUGCCUGCACACCUAGCUGGAGGAAUGAGUUUUAACGGUGAUCUAGCAAGUGUGAAUGCUCACUACAUCAACGGUGGAGCCUACGUUCAGUCACACAGUAGCAAUGCUCUCCUGAAUGGACUUGGCGCCACGAGUGGCCAUUUCUUGACCUUUGAUCCCCAGAGGGUCUCCCAUCACAGUCAGGAGAGGCUGUUAGGUGGGUCUUGUGUGUCUUAUGCUCCGUUCUCAAUGGGGGUUUCUGAAACUGCCUCUGGAAAGCUGGAGGCCAUGCAGACUCUGGUUUCCAAUGCUGAAGAUGGAGUCAUUUCUUCAGUGGUCUCCUUCGCUUCGGCCCCCUCCACUCCAUCCACUACCUCAGGAGGCCUUCAUCUCAGCAGUUACAGUGUGGUCAAUCUCCCUGGAAGUGAAACCACCAUGGGGCUUCCUCCUUUAAUGCUGCUCCCAUCCACAACAUCAUCCACUCACGGCUCUGCUCCUUUGGGGAACGUGGUCAGUGACUCCCAAACCCUGCUUUACACCCAGACUGUGAAGCAGGAGCCUUUGGAUGUGUCUGGAAGCUACACUUAUCCUCCUGAAAUGCCCCUGGACCAAGGCAGCAACCUGGGCUACACAGCCUCCCUUUUCCUCUCUUCUUCCUCUACCGGUGGUUCACUUCCCCCUACCGUCACAGCCACGGUCACCUCUGCCCUCUUGGGCACCGAGGUACACCACACUCUGAAUCAAGCUGGAAGUGGCAUCCAAGAGGACAGUGUAACCCUGUCUUCAGACUACAGGUCUCAAGAUGUUCAGCUGCCCAACAGCCUGCAAGUUGUGUCUAGGGCAGGAGAAGGCCCAGUCAGGGUUGUUUGUGGGGAUCUGGACAUGGAAGGGAAAGAGCUGGCCAAGCUGCAGACUGUACAGAUGGACGAUGAUGGAAGUGACCUAUGAUGAUAUCAUUAGCAAUGAAGAGCUGCAUUUCACUGGUUUUGUGGCGCCGCAUUUUGCCCUUACGGACCCUGUAAGCACAAAUCAUUUUCAAAUGAACCCUGAUGAUGGAUAUAAAAUGCGAACAGUGCCUUCCUGUCCUCAGAUAUCCCAACUUGCACUAAGAGGGCUGCAGAAUGUACCAGGCAAUACACUGACCUUCUGAAGAUUAUUUACAUGCACUGUCUUUACUCUCACCUCAUAAAAAAGUGCACGAAAAGACCAGUUAAAAAGCACA